AUGGGUCUCCAGGAAAAGCAAGGCUGGCCGACCCAACUAGUAGUUAUUCAUCGGCUUUUGUUUGUCAGACUUGUUACCAACAACCAUGUGAAGAAACCCAGGCUUUGGAGCUCACGCCUGUCUUCUCUGCAGGUUGUUUUGCAAAACCUUCUUAAAUGUGUCAUCCUCUUCUACACUGUGUACUACGUGGUUCUGAGCCUGGGCUGCAGGGCGCUCAGGGUGGAUGAGUUGGAUAUCCUGGCACCAUUUGAUUUCAAAACAAAUCCCGCAUGGGCCAACUAUAACGUGCUUUUAGUCCCAAUAGAGGUCACCUACUUCGUUUGUGGAUUGCUUUUCAUUCUGGUUGUGGAAGAAUGGGUUUGGGAUUAUGCUAUUUCAGUAACUGUUCUCCAUGUUGCCAUCACUUCAACCGUUAUGUUGGAAUUUCCUUUGACAUUACAUUGAUGGGCUGCUAUAGUUGAAAAUUUAGAUAUAAGAGAAUAG